AUGGGGGCUCCGAGCAGGGAGGAGGAGGAGGCGAAGAAGAUGGAGGCCGGCGGCGACACCGUCGGCCAGAAGCUCGACGCCGGCGCGCUCUUCGUCCUCCAGUCCAAAGGGUCAUGGCUGCACUGCGGGUACCACCUGACGACGUCGAUCGUGGCGCCGCCGCUGCUGAGCCUGCCGUUCGCGUUCGCGGCGCUGGGGUGGUCGGCGGGGAUGGUGUGCCUCGUCGUCGGCGCCGCCGUCACCUUCUACUCCUACAACCUCCUCUCCCGCGUGCUCGAGCACCACGCGCAGCAGGGCCGCCGCCAGCUCCGCUUCAGGGACAUGGCCGCCGACAUACUAGGCGACAGAUCUGGUCUUGACGGUGUGGGCGGGGGCACGUACGCACUACCGUGGGCUCGCCGCCGGCAUGGCAUGGUAGGGCAGGGCAGGAGAGCAAUUUCCGAAGGACCCGGAUGGGCGCGCUACUACAUCGGGCCGAUCCAGUUCAUGGUGUGCUUCGGCGCCGUGGUCGCGUCCACGCUGCUCGCCGGCCAGAGCAUGAAGGCCAUCUACCUCAUCGCCAACCCCGGCGGCGCCAUCAAGCUCUACGUCUUCGUCGCCAUCUUCGGCGUCUUCCUCGUCAUCCUGGCGCAGCUGCCGUCCUUCCACUCCCUCCGCCACGUCAACCUCGUCUCCCUGCUGCUCUGCCUCUCCUACAGCCUCUGCGCCGUUGCCGGCUGCGUCUACCUCGGCACCUCUGACCGGGCGCCGCCCAAGGACUACUCCAUCGUCGGCGAGACCCACACCCGCGUCUACGGCGUCUUCAACGCCCUCGCCGUCAUCGCCACCACCUACGGCAACGGCAUCAUCCCCGAGAUACAGGCGACGGUGGCGGCGCCGGUGACGGGGAAGAUGUUCAAGGGCCUGUGCCUGUGCUACGCGGUGGUGGUGACCACCUUCUUCAGCGUGGCCACGGCCGGGUACUGGGCGUUCGGCAACGCGGCGCAGGGCCUGCUGCUCAACAACUUCAUGGUGGACGGCAAGCCCGUCAUCCCGGUGUGGCUGCUGCUCAUGGCGGAGCUCUUCACGCUGGUGCAGCUGUCGGCCACGGCCACGGUGUACCUGCAGCCGACCAACGAGGUCCUGGAGGGCCUCCUGUCGGACCCCAAGGCCGGGCAGUACGCGGCGCGGAACGUGGUGCCGCGGCUCGUGUCCAGGACCUUGGCCGUCGCCUUCGGCACCACCAUCGCCGCCAUGAUACCCUUCUUCGGCGACAUGAACGCGCUCAUCGGGGCCUUCGGCUUCAUGCCGCUCGACUUCGCCGUGCCGGCUCUCUUCUACAACCUCACGUUCAAGCCCUCCAAGAAGGGCUUCGUGUUCUGGCUCAACACGGCCAUCGCCGUCGUGUUCUCCGCGGUCGCUGUCGUCGCGUCCGUGGCCGCCGUCAGGCAGAUCGUGCUGGACGCCGGCACGUACAAGCUCUUCGCUAACGUGUGA